AUGAGGGGUGGGGAGGAGAGACAGACGGUGACAGGGAUUCGGAAGAAGGGAAGCGGAGUAAGGCAAUGGCUGGUCCUCGACGGCAGAGGGGAGACGGAGGUGGUGGAGGCAGGGAAGCACGCCAUCAUGAGGCGCACAGGCCUCCCCGCCCGUGACCUCCGCAUAUUGGACCCUCUCCUCUCCUACCCUUCCACCCUUCUCGGCCGUGAGAGGGCCAUCGUCAUCAACUUGGAGCACAUCAAGGCCAUCAUCACCGCCCAGGAGGUCCUCCUCCUCAACUCACGUGACCCCUCCGUCACCCCCUUCGUCCAGGAGCUCCAGGCCAGGAUCCUCCGCCACCACCAGGCCUCCUCCUCUUCCAAACACCCCGACCACCACCCUGACCCUGACCCUGACCCUGACCCUGACGCCAUCAAGAUUCUUCCCUUCGAGUUUGUUGCCCUCGAGGCCUGCCUUGAAGCCGCCUGUAGCGUAUUGGAAAACGAGGCAAAGACGUUGGAGCAGGAGGCUCAUCCCGCCUUGGACAAGCUCACAUCCAAGAUUAGUACUCUCAAUUUGGAACGCGUUCGUCAAAUUAAGAGCCGAUUAGUUGCCAUCACUGGUCGUGUUCAGAAGGUGAGGGACGAAUUGGAGCACUUGCUGGAUGACGAUGAAGAUAUGGCUGAGAUGUAUCUGACCGAAAAGUUAUCUGAACAGCAGUUGGAAGAAAGCUCUUCAGCAUCAUCCAUGAAUGAGCAAGACGAGGAGGAUAUAGACCCCAGGACCGCUCCCGAAAUAUCCUUUGAUGCUGGGGUACCCGUUGUGGGUUAUGAGGAUCAUCACAAUGUUUUCAAUGUUCAUGGUAGGGACAGCCAUGGAACCCGGGGUAGCACCUACAGUGCCAUCACCAAGCAACUUGAUGUCGAGGAGCUUGAAAUGCUCUUGGAGGCUUACUUUGUGCAGAUCGAUGGCACCUUGAACAAGCUCUCUACGCUGAGGGAGUACGUUGAUGACACGGAGGAUUACAUCAACAUCAUGCUGGAUGACAAACAGAACCAUCUUCUCCAAAUGGGAGUCAUGUUGACCACAGCAACUCUGGUAGUGAGUGCCUUUGUUGUUGUGGCCGGAGUUUUUGGCAUGAAUAUUCACAUUGACCUAUUUGAUUCCGAUAAAUCUGGGAUGACAGAAUUCCUCUGGACUGUUGGUGGUAGUGCUGCAGGGACCAUAUUCUUGUAUGUGGUUGCCAUUGCCUGGUGUAAGCAAAAACGCUUGCUAGAGUAA